AUGGCAGGGCCCUUGGAGGAUGGGAAAGUGUCCCGAGAUUCCCAGGGCCAUGCCACAGACUGGAGGUUUGCUGUGUGCAGUUUCAGGGAUGCUUGGGAGGAGAAGGAGGACCCUGCUACUCAGAUACAGGUUAAGGUCCCCCGUCCUUCAAGACCAAUUGCAGGGGCAGCUCAGAGCAAAAAGCUACAGGACAGCCCCUUAUCCAGGGAACUGCGGUCACCUCCAGAACCAAGGGCAGUGGACGGGUCAGGAGAUGGCCAGAGGACUACAUUAGGAGGCUCCUCAGUCCAGUCAGAGGAGCCAGCCCUCACUGGAAUGGAGAGCCUUCUGAGUCCCAUGUCCUCCCAGCUCAACCUAGCUCAAGAUGAAAGUGACAACGGAGGGGGAGGUGUGGUAAGGGGCGAGGGUCCAGGUGGGACAUUGCCAGCUAGCUUUGUUGCUGGAGGGUUGCUGUCCAACACUGUGGACCUUGGAGACCCUCUACCAGAGACUUCAUCAAAGCUACUGAAGGCAGACCCCACUGGAUCCAGCGUUCCUAAGCUUUCUGACUGCCUCCUAGCCCAAGACCUCACCUGGGAGCUGCUGGCCAGUGGCAUGGCUGCCUUGCCAGGGACUCGGGAUGUAGAAGGCCGAGCAGUGCUGCUGCUGUGUGCCAACAGCUCAGCCUGGCUUCACCCCAAGUGCAACAGCCAUGAACUCAUCUGCCUCCUGCUCUACCUGCGAGGAAUCCCCAGGCCCGAAGUACAGGCCCUAGGACUGACUGUAGUAGUUGAUGCUCGAAUUUCUUCCCCGAGUUCUUCUCUCUUCUGGGGGCUCAGGAAACUACAAGAAGCAGCUCCAGGAUCUGUACACAGGAUACUGCUAGUGGGAAAGAUGUCAGAGGCAGUGCCUUCAGGGCUUCAGUUGGAGCAGCUGCCCUCCCAUCAGAGCUUACUGACCUACAUCCCCACUGCUGUGUUGCCCACUUCGCUUGGAGGACACCUGCCUUACUGUCACCAGAGCUGGCUGGAUUUCCGGUUGCGUCUGGAAGCCCUACUGCAGAGCUGUCAGGUGGUUUGUGCCCUGCUUCAGGAGGCCAUUGAGAGAAUGAAGGCUGUGCCCCAGCCCAUGGCACCUGGAGAAGUUGGUCAGCUGCUACAGCAGGCUCAAAUCCUGAUGCAGCAGGUGUUAGACUCACCACAGCUGGCAUGGAUACAAUGCCAAGGGGGCUUGGAACUGGCUUGGCUGAAGCAGGUCUCAGAGAUGACCCUGAGCCCAGACUAUAGGCCAGCAGUGGACAAGGCUGAUGAGCUGUAUGGCCAAGUGGAUGGACUCCUGCACCAGCUGACCUUGCAGAGCAACCAGCGGAUACAAGCCUUUGAGCUGCUCCAAACACUGGAGGCCCAGGAGGGUGGGCUGCACCAGAUUGAAGUGUGGCUACAGGAGGUAGGCUGGCCAGGCCUGGAAGAGCCAAGGGAACCCUCACUGGACAUGCUGCUCCAGGCCCAAGGCCCUUUUCAAGAACUGGACCAAGUGGCCCAGGAGCAAGUCAGGCAAAGUGAGAAGUUUCUGCAGUCCCUGGCUGGCCAGGAAGCUGCUGAGCUGGGUCCCCCUGGAAUACGCUUUCUGACCCUGAAAGCCCAGCUGACAGAAUUCUCUAGGGCUUUGGCUCAGAGGCGCCAGCGGCUGGCAGAUGCCCAGAAGCUCUCUGAGUUCCUCAAGCAGGCCUCAACAUGGGCUGAGGCGGGCCAGCAGGUAUUGGCAGAGCUGGAACAGGAGCGCUCAGGUGUUGUGCUGCAGCAGCUGCAGCUGCACUGGACCAAGAACCCUGACUUACCUCCUGCUCACUUCCGGAAAAUGUGGGCUCUGGCUACAGGCCUGGGCUCAGAGGGCAUCCGCCAGGAAUGCCGCUGGGCCUGGACCCGGUGCCAGGAUACAUGGCUGGCCCUAGACCAGAAGCUAGAGGCUGCGCUGAAGUCACUACCAACAGGCAGCACAGCUAGCUUGUGUGCCAGCCAGGUCCCCACUGUACCUGCCACCCCUCCCCUGAGGAAGUCCUACAGCUUUGACCAGAACCUGGGCCAGAGUCUCCGAGAGGCUGUGCACCACUGUCACCGAGCAGCCACUGUCACUGCCUGCCACAGACCAGAGUCUGGAGGAGGUGCCCAGCUCAGAUCAUCCUCAACUAUGCCUCCACCUGGCAGCUCUGACCUCAGGAGCCCCAACAGGCUUCAGCUUGUGCUGGCAGAGAUGGUGGCCACAGAACGGGAAUAUGUCCGGGCUCUUGACUAUACCAUGGAGAACUAUUUCCCUGAGCUGGAUCGCCCUGAUGUGCCUCAGGGCCUCCGAGGCCAGCGUGCCCACCUCUUUGGCAACCUGGAGAAGCUGCGGGACUUCCAUUCCCAUUUUUUCCUUCGUGAACUGGAGGCUUGCACCAGGCAUCCUCCCCGAGUGGCCUAUGCCUUCCUGCGCCAUAGGGUGCAGUUUGGGAUGUACGCACUCUACAGCAAGAAUAAACCUCGUUCUGAUGCCCUGAUGACCAGCUAUGGUCAUGCCUUCUUCAAGGACAAGCAGCAAGCCCUGGGAGACCGGCUGGACUUAGCCUCCUACCUGCUAAAGCCCAUCCAGCGCAUGAGCAAGUAUGCGCUGCUGCUGCAGGAGCUGGCCCGGGCCUGCGGGGGCCCUGUACAAGAGCUGAGUGCCCUGCAAGCUGCCCAGAACCUCGUCCACUUCCAACUACGACACGGCAAUGACCUGCUAGCCAUGGAUGCCAUCCAGGGCUGUGAUGUUAACCUAAAAGAACAGGGGCAGUUGGUGCGACAGGAUGAGUUUGUGGUGCGCAGUGGGCGCCACAAGUCCCUGCGCCGUGUUUUCCUCUUUGAGGAACUGCUGCUCUUCAGCAAGCCUCGCCAUGGGCCCACAGGUGUUGACGUGUUUACCUACAAGCGCUCCUUUAAGAUGGCAGACCUGGGCCUUACUGAAUGCUGUGGGGAUAGCAAACUGCGUUUUGAGAUUUGGUUCCGACGCCGCAAGGCCAAGGACACCUUUGUGCUGCAGGCCUCCAGCUUGGCUACCAAGCAGGCCUGGACGGCUGACAUCUCUCGCCUGCUCUGGAGGCAGGCUGUCCACAACAAGGAGGUGCGCAUGGCUGAGAUGGUGUCCAUGGGUGUGGGGAACAAGGCCUUCCGGGACAUUGCCCCCAGCGAGGAAGCUAUCAACGACCGCAACAUCAACUAUGUCCUGAAGGGUCGAGAAAUUCGCUCUCGGGCCUCCAUUGCUGUGGCUCCAUUGGACUAUGACAGCCCUUACGUGGGUGCCACAAGCACGCUUCCUGGAGACCGUGCCUCCUGCUCUGUGCUGGGUUCUCUCAACUUGCAUCUGUAUAGAGAUCCAACUCCUCUGGGCGUCCGCUGGCCCCUGUAUCCCCCCAACUUCCCAGAGGAAGCCGCACUGGAGACUGAGGCAGAGCUGGGCAGCCAGCCCUCUUUGACUCCUGAAGACUCAGAGGUCUCAUCCCAGUGCCCAUCAGCCAGUGGUUCCAGUGGCUCUGACAGCAGCUGUGUGUCAGGGCAGGCUCUGAGCAGAGGCCUUGAGGACCUGUAUUAUCUCCCACUCUAA